UUUUUUUUUUUUUUUUUUUACAUAUACACCAUCAUGGUCAAUCUCUCUUUGUACUCCAUUAAAGCUGUCAUCUUGCUUGAUGCAGAGGGAAAUCGCGUUUUAGCAAAAUACUAUGGUACAGAAAAUACGACACUGAAACAACAAAAGCAAUUUGAAAAGGGUUUAUUUGAUAAAACCAAGCGUGCACAAGGUGAGGUGAUUUUAUACGACAAUCAGGUUGUCUUGUAUCGUUCGAAUAUCGACAUUUUCUUUUAUGUUGUUGGUUCGAUGGAAGAGAAUGAAUUGAUUUUGCUGAGCAUGUUGAAUGCUUUUUAUGAUGCUGUGUCUACUUUAUUGAGAUAUCAAGUAGAAAAGCGUUCUGUCAUGGAUAAUUUGGAUUUGGUUAUUCUUUGUCUUGAUGAGACUGUUGAUGGAGGUAUCAUAUUGGAGACAGAUUCAAAUGCUAUUGUCAGUCGAGUAUCUAAACCCCGUAUGGAUAUGGUUGAUAUUCCUUUCUCUGAGCAGACAUUGAUGCAAGCUUAUCAAUCGGCUAAAGACAAAUUCGCCAACCAAUUACUGAGAUAGAUUUUAAUAUUAUUAUUAUUAUUUCCGCCCUUAAGUCCCUUAAAAAUACUAUUUUCAAUGAAUUGCCGUCUCUGGAAUUUUGGGAAAAUAAUAAACAUAGUAUGAUUGAUGCGACCGAAAA